UUAGCUGCGAAGCUGCCGGGCACUCAGCACUGAUUAUGGCGUGGAUGCUGGACUGCCUUUUCGCUUCGGCCUUUGAACCCCGCCCCCGCCGUGUGAGCGUCCUGGGAGGAGACCCAGGACAGAACCCGGACGGCACGAUGGACAUGGUAUCCAUACACAGCCUCUCCGAGCUGGAGCGCCUAAAGCUGCAAGAGACUGCUUACCACGAACUCGUGGCCAGACAUUUCCUCUCUGAAUUCAAGCCGGACAGGGCUCUACCCACUGGCCGUCCAAACACCCUGAAGAAGUGGCUUAAGACUCUGAGAGGACGGGAGAGGGCCGCGUCUCUCAAGACCUUUGGCGUCCGCCUGGAAGAGGCGCUGGUCAAUGAAAUUACCCGCCGCAAGCACCUUGAACUGAUGGCGGCAAUGGAGGCUGAAAAUGCCACAGGUUCCGGCCAUCAGGGAAACGCGGUGCAAAGGAUGUUUGGACGCAUGCGGCGCUUUUUAGGUCACAGGAGGAAUGCGCCCAUCCUGCCUACAGAGUUCACUCGCCGUGGUCGUCGAGGUGCAGUGUCUGCGGAUAGCGUGGCUGAACUGAAGGAUGGGGCCCUGCUGAUGCGGACCCUACAGCUCUCCCAUCAUUCAUUUCCUAUCGGGCAGCGCCUUCUGGGAUCCAAAAGGAAGAUGAGCCUCAACCCAAUUGUUCAACAAGUCCCCCAGGUUGUUGAGACUUGCUGCAAGUUCAUUGAGGAACAUGGGUUAAACUCCGUGGGGAUUUUCACCAUUGAGUACUCCUUCCAGAAAGUGCUUCAGCUCCGAGAGUUAUUUGACAAUGGUAUGGAUAUUGAACUGAAUGACAGCGUGAAUGUCCAUGAUGUGGCCGCACUCCUCAAGGAUUUUUUCAUUGAAAUGAAGGACUCCCUGCUGCCUGAUGAUCUGUACAUGAAUUUCCUCCUGACUGCAACUCUGAAGCACAAGGAUCAGGUUUCUGCCCUGCAACUGCUGGUCUACUUGAUGCCGCCCUGCCACAGCGAUACCCUUGAACGUCUACUGAAGACACUGCACGAAAUCACUGAGCACUGCGAAGACUCCGUUGGCCCUGAUGGACAGCUGGUUCCAGGUAACCGAAUGACUUCCAACAACUUGGCCUUGGUGUUUGGAUCUACUCUCCUGAAGAAGGGGAAGGUAGCCAAGAGGGAAUCCAGGAAGAUAAAGCUGGGGAUUGAUCACUAUGUUGCAUCUGCCAAUGUGGUCCGUGCCAUGAUUGAUAACUGGGAUGUUCUCUUCCAGGUGCCCCUCCAUAUUCAGAAGCAGGUUGCAAAGCGUGUGUGGAAGUUCAGCCCUGAAGCACUGGAUUUUAUCAGACGCUGGAAUCUGAGGAAGAUCCAGAGCGCUCGCAUAAAGAUGGAAGAGGAUGCUAUGCUUUCUGAUCCAGUGGAAAACGUUACUGAAGCCAUGGCUGCUGUCCUUGCCCAGAGCCCGCCCUUUGAUGAAGGUCCUGAAGAAACCCCAGAUAUGGAGGAUAUCUUGAACUCUGGAGACAACCUGAACUAUGACUUUGAUGAAGGACAAUAUUAUUAUUAUUAUUAUGAUGACAUGCUGGACAUUGCAGAGGUUCCCUAUCUUGAUGUAGUUCCAAACAAGGAAGAUGACAAAUCAGACACUGAUGAAAUCCCAGGUUCCUCUGAGGAGCCCAUUGAGCCUCCCACCACUGCCAGUUCCCAUGACAACAAGGAAGAAGAGGGUAACCCCCAGGAGAAGGGGGGCAAAUCUGGCAAAGGCUUUUCUCCUUAG